AUGCGCAAAUGCGGAUGUUCAAUCUCGUUUGAGCCUCCUCCCAGAAGGAGUGGAAGCUGCAGGUACAGCUUGAAGCCGGGUCAGGUCAAUUGCGAGCUUCGAGAUGGCUCUCAAAGAAGAGCUGAGUCCAACGGUCGGAGCGUCAGAAAGGCUCGAGUCUGCGGUGCGUCGACAUCAACAACUCAUCACGAUCCAACUGGCCGGGACAAAAAAGGCGACUGGAGCGCCGUGUUUAAUGAACUCGUAUGA